AUGAUAAUAAAAUUUAUCAUAAAAUUUAAACUUUUAGCAAGUCAUAUGUUCUAUUUGGCAUUCGAAAAUUCAGUUUGUAAGAAUUACAUUACAGAAAAAUUUUGGUAUUUGAAACAUUUAAUUGUGCCUAUAGUACUUAGUCGUCGUGUUUUUAAGAAAACAAAAAUACCAGAUAAUGUAUAUAUUGCUGUAGAUGAUUUCAACAAUGUGGAGGAAUUAGCAGAACAUCUACUUUAUUUACAAAAAAAUAGAACAGCAUAUAUGAAGUAUGUAUAUGUAUUUCUAGAUAUUUUUUCUAGAUAUUUUUCUUAUGAAUCCAUUAAUGUUGAAUUGAUAAGAGAUUUUCGUGGCGACACUCGACAACAUAAAUGUCAAAAAGGGCAAAAAACGAAUACAUAA